AUGCAAGCUCCAGUGGUGUUUAUGAAUGCUUCUCAAGAGAGAACAACCGGCCGUCAGGCUCAAGUUUCCAAUAUCACCGCUGCAAAGGCAGUCGCUGAUGUCAUCCGUACUUGCCUAGGUCCAAAAGCUAUGUUGAAGAUGUUGUUAGAUCCUAUGGGUGGUCUUGUGUUGACUAACGAUGGUCAUGCUAUUCUGAGGGAAAUUGAUGUUGCACACCCUGCAGCUAAAUCAAUGUUGGAACUAUCCCGUACUCAAGAUGAAGAGGUUGGUGAUGGGACUACAACUGUUAUCAUUUUAGCGGGUGAGAUCUUAGCUCAGUGUGCCCCAUAUUUGAUUGAGAAGAACAUUCAUCCAGUCAUUAUCAUCCAAGCUUUGAAAAAGGCUUUAACUGAUGCAUUAGAGGUCAUCAAGCAGGUAAGUAAACCUGUCGAUGUGGAAAAUGAUGCUGCUAUGAAAAAAUUGAUUCAAGCUUCCAUUGGUACCAAAUAUGUUAUACAUUGGUCAGAUAAAAUGUGUGAAUUAGCUCUGGAUGCUGUCAAGACCGUUCGUGAAGAUUUGGGUCAAAAUCUAGAAGGCGAACCUAAUUUCGAAAUCGACAUUAAAAGAUAUGUCCGUGUAGAAAAGAUCCCUGGUGGGGAUGUUCUAGAUUCUCGUGUUUUAAAGGGUGUGCUAUUGAACAAAGAUGUUGUUCAUCCAAAGAUGUCCCGCCACAUAGAGAAUCCACGUGUCGUUCUAUUGGAUUGUCCAUUAGAAUACAAGAAAGGUGAAUCUCAAACCAACAUUGAAAUUGAAAAGGAAGAAGACUGGAACAGGAUUUUGCAAAUUGAAGAAGAACAAGUCCAGAUGAUGUGCGAACAAAUUUUGUCGGUCAAACCAACUCUUGUCAUUACUGAAAAGGGUGUCUCCGACUUAGCACAACAUUACCUACUAAAAGGUGGAUGUACUGCUUUGAGAAGAGUGAAGAAAUCAGACAAUAACAGAAUCGCGCGUGUAACUGGUGCAACCAUUGUUAACCGUGUAGAAGACCUAAAGGAAAGUGACGUGGGUACUAGUUGUGGAUUAUUUAAAGUAGAAAUGAUUGGCGAUGAAUAUUUCUCAUUUUUGGAUAACUGUAAGGAACCAAAAGCCUGUACUAUAAUGCUGCGUGGUGGUUCCAAGGAUAUAUUAAAUGAAAUAGACCGUAAUUUACAAGAUGCUAUGGCUGUUGCUCGUAAUGUUAUGUUGAGCCCUUCAUUGUCCCCAGGUGGCGGUGCUACCGAAAUGGCAGUUUCCGUAAAACUAGCAGAAAAAGCAAAACAACUAGAAGGUAUUCAACAAUGGCCAUACCAAGCCGUAGCAGAUGCUAUGGAAUGUAUUCCACGCACACUAAUACAAAAUGCAGGUGGUGAUCCUAUCAGACUAUUAUCCCAAUUAAGAGCCAAACAUGCGCAAGGUAAUGUCACAAUGGGUAUUGACGGUGACAAGGGUAAAAUUGUAGAUAUGGUUGAUUAUGGUAUUUGGGAACCUGAAGUCAUUAAACAGCAAAGUAUCAAAACUGCUAUUGAAAGUGCAUGUUUAUUAUUAAGAGUUGAUGAUAUUGUUAGUGGUGUAAGAAAACAAGAAGAGUAA